AUGGAUGUCAAAAAUGCUUUUCUCCAUGGUGAUCUCACCAAGGAAGUUUAUAUGAAACCCCCUCCAGGUGUUACUCACCCACAUGAUCAUGUUUGUCGUCUCAAAAAGGCCCUUUAUGGUCUUAAACAAGCACCAAGAGCUUGGUUUGAAAAAUUCAACACUAUUAUUCAGUCUUUGGGUUUCACCGCCAGCAACUAUGACUCUGGACUGUUCACUAAAACCACUACUUCGGGCACUAUUCUUCUUAUUCUCUAUGUGGAUGACAUGAUUAUUACAGGUAGCGAUGCUCAUGGUAUUCUUGAUCUAAAACAGUCACUUAGUUCUUAUUUUGAGAUGAAGGAUUUGGGUUUACUUCACUAUUUUCUUGGUCUUGAAGUGCUUCCUCAUGACACUGGCAUUUAUUUAUCUCAAGCAAAAUAUGCAUCAGAUAUUAUUUCACGUGCCGGUAUUACCGAUUGUAAGGUUGCUAAUACACCCUUAGACCCUAACUUUCAUCUAUCACCGGGUGAUGGUUCUCUCCUCUCUGAUCCUACCCUUUACCGUCAGCUCGUCGGUUCACUUAUCUACCUGACCGUUACACGUCCCGAUCUUGCGUUUGUUGUUCAUAUUGUUAGUCAGUUCAUGGCUUCUCCUCGAACAACUCAUUAUAUUGCAGUGUUGCGUAUCUUACGGUAUAUUAAAGGUACCAUAUUCCAUGGUCUCUACUUCUCAUCCACCUCAUCUUUAGAGCUUCGUGCCUUCUCGGAUGCAGAUUGGGAUGGGGAUAUCACAGAUCGUCGAUCUACCACCGGAUUUUGUUUCUUCCUUGGUGAUUUGCUAAUUUCAUGGCGUAGUAAGAAACAAUCAUUAGUCGCCAGAUCUAGCACCGAAGCUGAAUAUCGGGCUCUUGCUGACACCACCCAAGAGCUCGUAUGGUUGCGUUGGCUUCUAUCAGAUAUGGGUCUUUCUCUUUCUUCACCGACCGUCAUAUGGUGUGAUAAUACAAGUGCCAUUCAGAUUGCUUACAAUGACGUGUUCCAUGAGCGCACCAAACACAUUGAGAUCGAUUGCCAUUUUGUUCGACAACAUGUCAUUCGCAAUACCAUUACUCUAUCUCCAAGCUCAUCUACCGACCAACCUGCUGAUAUCUUCACUAAAGCUCAUCGUCCAAGACGCUUCUCUAUUCUACUUUCCAAACUCAAUUUUGUCCCUCAUGAACCAUCUUGA